AUGGUCUGUAGUUGGUUAUCACGUUGUAUCUUUGGAGAUGCUGACCCCGAUCAGGACCCAUUGACGAAAGUAUCUACUCCGUCCAGUCCUAAUACCCCGACUGCUAUUACUAUGCCACAGGCUGUACAGCCUCAGCAGCCCGAGAAGUUCCAGCAAUCCGAGGAGCCCGAGGAGCCGUGUCUGUCCCAAGAGUCACAAAAUUCCCAAGAAUCCCAAGAGGCCCAGGAGUCUCAGGAGUCUCAGGAAACAUCGGGUCCAUUGGUAUUAUGGAAACCUCCAAUAGACAGGUUAGGGGAUCUCCCAACCGAGCUUAUACUCGUAAUUUCCGAGUUCCUCCCAAUCACCUGUGUCGCUUGCCUCGCAUUAACAUGCAGACGUAUGGCCAGUAUCUUCGACGCCAGAACUCUGGCGAGCCGCCUCAAUAAGAUGGCAACCCAAAUCGUGGUCAGCCGCCUAGACGGGGAGAUCCUAGGCAUGAGCUACUGUGCCGUCGGCCAAAGACUCGCGCAGUUCACGCCGCACACACUAGUUCCGCAACACUUCUGCUUCCAUUUCCAUCCAGUCGAGAAAAUCAAGGGGCCACUCCACUUUCAACUUGGACAAAGCCUCUUCCACCUUCCCUGGUGUGCCGCCCGCCUCGUCACAAACUACUACACCCUCGGUCCUGAGUAUGGACUUCCGGCUCUUGUUCUGAACUCCACGUUCGACCACCAACACGAGGAGUAUGGCGUACGAUGGAGAGAAAUAUGGGAAGCCAAAGUGAUCAGGGGUAAUCUGGUAUUAUCUUGCACACACAUUCUUUCCCACCGAGACCUCACCGGACGUGCCUUGAAUAGCUAUCUCGGAUCGCAUGCCAUUACCGCGUGCCCUCAUAAGAAACUCCGCGUGUCUAUAUGGUCAUUAGGUCAUGUUCAGAGAUACGGGAGAGGGUGUUGCUGGCACUGCGGAACAGACUGGGCAAUAUCCAUGCUGCGGAGGAGCGGUGGGCGUGGGUGGGUCGCGAAGACGAAGAUAUACCACUUAUUAGGGACUUGUCGGUCGCCUAGUGAUCCAAAAUGGAAGUCCAUGACGAGCAUAUUCAAGUCGUUUAGAGAUGUACCUGGUGGAACUGUGAGUGCGUCGUGGCGAGGAUUUAGUUCCGCCGCAGCUCUGGUACCCACCGUCUCCCGGGGACGGUGUACUGUGCCUACGUUCCUCCCCUGA